AUGGGCCAGGAAAGCCCCCGAAGUGGCGGCUCCGAAGAGGGCCAGUCACCAAGCCAAGCGCGAGCUCCAACGUCCCGGCAGCUCAAGAAGCGAGAGCAUGACAGGAAGGCACAGCGGCUGUCGCGAGAGAGGACAAAGGCUCGAAUCGCCCACCUUGAGGAGCUGGUCAAAGGUUUCCAACAGAGAGACACUAGUGGUCAGUUGGCCAAGCUAAUGGGCCAGCUCCAAGCGGUCACAACAGAACGAGAUGCGCUCAUGGGUCUUCUCAAGUCCUUUGAAACGUCAAUUAAGGAUCAUCUUUCCCAGAUUGAGCAAUUGCGACAGGUCUCCACAGCCGCAUCUCCAGACCGUCCUGGAUUGCGACACAACCACUGCUCGGAGAAGGCCACUGGAUCCCGCUUGAUCGAUCCUGUGCAGCUCACGGACAACUCAUCAUCUCUCGCUGCGCGUUUGGAAGACCCACAUACAAUAGGAGGCGAGGCUCUACCCAUGAGAGCCUACAAUGACCUGUCGAUGGUUGAUGAGCUAGGGAUCUCUAUGGGAGCUGGCUCAAGCUCGCAACCACUGCCUGAGGACCAUAUGUUCCUAGACCCCCUCACCGAGCCAGUCAACGAUCCGGUGGUGCCAGCAGCGACGCCAGGUUGCGAUUGCUAUUAUGAGAGUUCACUUUCUGAUUCUUAUGGCAACAUCAAUCUAUGGCACUUCGCGAAUGAAGUUCUUACUCCGGUCGUCCUCCCGGCCGGUGGCAUCCUUGCCGAUGAAAGCUGGCGGGACGACAUACCAGUGCGCGCACUGAUAGAUGGCUGGCCAGCUGUGGAAAAUCAUCUAAAUGGGCUCCCUCCUCUGUGGGAAAAAUUGCGGCGCAUUGAUGAGGGUCUAUUCCAUUCGUGUGGCAAGGUCGAGAGACUUGCAAUUCUGCGGAUGAUGCACAAAUUGUAUUUGUACAGCAGUGCCCCAACACCUGACCGGCGUGCGGAUGUCCCACCUUGGUUUCUCUCCAGGCCAUCACAAUCCAUUGCUCAUUCUUAUGCGAUUGACUUCUUUGCAUGGCCAGGAAUCCGGGAGCGAUUUAUCUUUUCUCAGCACAACUACUGUGGAAAUUUGUUCUGGAGGCUCUUUUCAGCUUCUAUUAAAAUACUAUGGCCGUUCGAGUUCCGUGAUUGUUACACAUUCAACGUCGAUCUAGGGCAAUACAGGGUUUCUGACCCCUUCGAAAGACGAAUUCAGGACAUCAACGCCUGGACUAUGAAAGAUGAAAUUUUCAACCGGUGGCCGGAAUUUUACGGCGACAUGCCAUCAUUCUCCCAGUUAACCCGGCGGAGACCGAGCAUCCAGUUCGAUAACCCUUUUGUCUUUGUUGUGCCGGAGGCUGUGGCGGAGGAAGAGGAUCAGAGCUUUGAGCAGGUUGCCACCCAAGUCAACGCCACACGUUAUGAUAAGACAAUGCCGUACUCGAACCCGAACGUGGGGAAGGGACCGUAA